UUUUCACAGAGUAGCGCCCCCUAGCGCAGAUUGAAGGAGCGCUCAUAUUUGCGGGCAAUGGCGGACAACGAAAUUUAUGAGGUUGAGCAUGCUUUAGAUAGACGAGUGAAUGAUACCACACUGGAAUAUCUAAUUCGAUGGAAAGGUUUCAACGAAGAAUGGGACACAUGGGAACCUCUAGAAAACCUACUCGAUUGUCUCCAUCUUCUCAAAGACUUUGAAGAGAAAAAUGGUGGAAAAGCUCAAAAAUCUUCAUCUGCAAAACUGAAAGAUGAAGCCCAUGAUUUUGCUAUGGAGCUAAUCAGCAAAAACAUUCAACACAAAAAGUUUGAAGCAAAAUCUAAAAGCACAUCUCCUAAACAAGCUAGCAAACAUGUACAGUCUCCAAAAUCUACAAAGUCUCCAGAAAAAGGUAAAAAUGUGCAUGUUGCAAAAGAUGGUAAGCUCAGCCCGUCUCCUAGUAAGAAAAUUGUGAAAAACUAUUCAGUGAAAAGAAAGGCUGAAGACACAGAUUCAAGUCCCCGACAGCCUGCUACUAAAAAGAAGAAAGUUUCUAUAGAAGGAAAAAUUAUGUCACAAGGAUCGGCAAAAAAAAAGGUUAAUGGAAAAGCAAUUUCCCCAAACUCUGGAAAAACCAAAGCUUCUAAAGUUUCUAUUGAAGGAAAAGGAAAUUCACCUGUACCUUCAAAGAAAAAGAUUUUGAAAAAGACAGAAUCGCCAUCUUUGAAAAAAGAGAGAUCGGAUAAGGAAAAGAAAAAAUCUGUAAGCUUGAAAAAGAGUUCUGAGAAGAAAGCCACCAAGAGACCAAGUACCUCUCUUUCCACAACAGAUAAUAAAGGUACAAAAAAGCGCAAGACAGUUACCUCUGUGAAGGGAAUUAGCAAGUCAACUGGAAAAAAGAAGGAUUCUUCCAAUGCAGCUAAAAAAGUGCUUAAAAAAAGUAAGAAAAUUGCUCAAGAAAAAGUGAAAACUAAAAAGACUGUGAAGAAUAUAAAGACAAAAGGAUCUCCUAAACCAACAAAAACGGAAAAUGUGAAAAAGAAAGAAAAUAAAACUCUCGGCAAAGAAGAAUGUGUAGCUUUGAAGAAGAUGCCAAGUUUGAUUAAAACGAAAGGUUUUGAUUCGAAACAGUCACAGUCAAAACAUUUUUCAAUGAAAAUAAAAUUAAAAUCUUUAAACUCGAGUCCGAAGAGUAAAUCUCAGGUUUCAAGACAGAAAGAAACAAAAAAGUCUGAACAUUCAAAAGAUUGUCAAAAUGAUAAAGGGACAGGUACAUACGAGUUGGAGGAAUGCCUGAAAAAAAUAAGAGCAAAGAAAAAACAGCAGAAAAAUGUAAAAGAUAGUCCGAAUGAUAUUGAAGUGAUAGAUAUGGACUCUGAUGAAAAGUCAGAUUCUUCAGGAGAUGAACAAUGUUUGUCCUCUAAAAAAGUGUGUCCUAAAUCCAAAGACAUUUCAUGGAAAGUUGUAGCUAAUAAAUCUGUCCUCGGUAAUAAGAAUGACAGCAGUGUCAGUGUUAAGGCCGUCGGGGCCAAGGUUCAGGGUUCUAAGGAAAGUUCACCGACGACACCUGGUGGCAAGCGCAUCCUGCAAGUCAAGAUCAGCCCCCUCAGGACUACGGAUGUUCCAAGGAAGAAGCUGCACUUGAUAGACAGUAUAAAAUCCAAGAAAGUGAUGUUGCCAUUAGCAAGGCCUGUGUCACCAACACCCCUGUUCACCACGGUAAAACCUAUGAGCAAGGCAAGUGUUAUAAAGACGUCCCCAUCUGCUGCCUCUUCCUCUGCCAACAUGGAGUCACUGUGUGGUGAUGUACCCGCCUACCAGUAUUUCCCUGCGGUGAUCCCCGUCAGUCCGUCGUCGAUGUCAUACCGUAUGUUCCUCGAUAGACUACCCCAACAGUUAAAACCAAAGGGAGGUAAGCGUGUUGAGAAUGGUGACUCGCCCCCAGAGGAGAUGGAAAGGAGGAUCAGUGUAAGACAAAGUGAAUGCGCAUUUCGCUACAAGGAUAUUGUGGUUAAGAAGUGCUCCAAAUACACACAGAUCUGGAUGAACACUCACACCAAGAUAAAGAAUGCUCUCAAUCCACAGGUCAUACAGGAGAUCUGCUCUGCACUGAACUCGGCCAAGUACGAUGACAGUAACCUAGUCAUGUUUAGUGGGCUUGGCAAUGUUUUCUGUCAGGGCCUUGACCUCCAUUACCUCGUCAGAGGAGACAAACGUGUCGCAUCACGCCAGAUGGUUGACGCCUUGAGAGAUUUUACCAAAUCCCUGAUCACGUUUCCAAAGCCGAUUGUUGCCGUCGUAACAGGACCAGCGGUGGGCCUUGGCAUGACCAUGUUGCCACUCUGUGAUGUGGUUUAUGCUAGUGACAAGGCCACAUUCCAUCUGCCUUAUGCUCAGCUUGCACAAACUCCUGAAGGGGGUGCCACAUUCUCAAUUCCAUCAGCAAUAGGCAUGGCAAUGGCCAACGAGUUGCUGAUUGCAGGACGUAAAAUCACAGCCAUUGAAGCAUGUCAGCUGGGUUUGGUAUCUCAGGUGUUUUGGCCGACAAGUAUUAUGCAAGAGGUCAUUCCGCGAAUCCAAAACAUGGCGAGCAUGUCGGGCAAGGCCCUUGAAACAACAAAGCUUCUGAUUCGCAGCCAUCAGCGAACCAAGUUAGAGCUGACAAAUGAGUCUGAGAGUAAUCUCCUCCUGGAAAGAUGGCCGUCGUUUGAAACACAGAAGGCUAUUGAAAGUUACCUCAGUAAUGAGAAAAACUUCAUCACAACGUGAUGGCAGACUUUGUCGUAGUGUUUAAAAGAAUAGACUGAUAUUAUUGUGUAUGCUUAUAAUGGAAAUGUUUUUGGAAUUGAAGUGAACGAGAAUAUUUUAAUUAAAUUCUAUAAAUGAUGCCUUAUAACUAAUGCAUCAAACAAC